UUUGAUCUGAAAUCGUCGAGUGCGCGUCGUGCGUGGUUGGUGGUUGUGCAACUAUUUUUUCGUUAAAAAUGUUUCAAUUUCGGUAGUUUCUUCAUUUGAAUUUUGGUAAAAAAAUGUCUAUUCGAUGCGGAAAAUUCGCGCUGUCCCUGGCAAAAAGUGCAGUCAGUGCCUUCCGUAACUAUUCUCACUUGGCGAGCAAUGGACCGAAGCUGUUCGCAUCGGCUGCGCAUCAGAGUCCGCUCGUUCCGGUCCGCUUCGCCAACAACCUGUUCUGGGAAAAGGAUCGGAAGGGUGGGUAUGAUACCAAGGGAAGCGGUGGUAAGAAGGUGUCCCGCAAGCAGCUGAUCGUGGACGGGUUGAAAGAGUUGCGAGAGGAGUUUGCGUUGUUCAACCAGGAGUGGAAGGAGAAGCUGGCCAGCGAUCCGUUGGUAGUGUUCCGACCGGGCGAGACGGAUGUGGUGUUUAAUUUUGAAUGCGAGAAGGAUCUGGACCGGUGGGUGGUGACGACGGAUAAGGAUCACAAUGAGGGUUUUACGGAGGCGAAGCUUGAACUGAGUCCGGCCGGGUUUGGGUGCUUCCACGGGACGCUGGAGAGUCGAGUGCCGAAGGAUGGACGGAUCAAGCGGUCGGGGUAUGCCAAUAUUAGGAGCGUUCGACUCAGGAAAUCCUUCAAACGGGAUGCGUUUUAUGAUUGGGAGCAGUACAACACACUGGUCAUGCGGGUCCGGGGAGAUGGACGCUCCUACUUGAUAAAUCUUGCGUCGGAAGGCUAUUUCGACAUCCUGUGGAACGACAUCUAUCAUUACGUGUUGUUCACGAGGGGCGGUCCACACUGGCAAUACGUGAGGAUACCUUUUUCGAAGUUUUUCCUCGCCUCGAAAGGGAGAGUGCAGGAUAGUCAGGGACCGGUUCCACUAAAUAGGAUCAGCAGCUUGGGCUUUUCGGUGGGAGCACGGGGUGGCCACGAGGGGCAGUUCCGGUUGGAGUUUGACUACAUCGGGGUGGAAUACGAUCCGAGCCACAGGGAGGAGUUUGCCUAUGAAAUGUACAAACAGCCAAAGUAUAUUGUGGCUACUUAGGCACUUGGAUAAACAUUUGUUGAAUAGAGAAUUCAUUUGGAA